AUGUCGAUCCCACAGCAGGCCUCCUUCAGCUCUGCAACGACCGCGGUCGCCAGCCGCAGAACAGCGUAUCCCUCGGUUGAGGAGCUCGCGUCGUUCAAACUCCCUCUCAAACCCUGUAUUAAUGAGCCAACCUGCGACGACGUCUCUCACUCCUCGAAUGAGUCUGUUCACAUCCGCCACCUUACGCCGCAUCCCUCCACACCCACGCCGGCCUCGCCCAUCACCACAGAGACCUCAGAUCGCGACUUUAUCGCCGACGACAGUCCGUCCACCGUCCAUGGAGAGUCCAUGUUCUACCCGCGCCAUCCGCUGGCCAAUCGCACGCCCUCUACCAAUAUCCCAGUCUCCCCUCACUGGCCCUUCCAAGAUGCUACUCCUCGGCUCUCAGUCAUGGUCCCCAUCACACAAGGAAUCACCGAGUCCUCCAGAGCCUUUAACCUAGGCACCAGAAGCAGCCGCAUUGGUCAGGUUAGCGUGACCGAGUCUUUGGACGAGUUCCAGGUCAACCACCCAAAUGCAAACCUUCUCUCGCUUCAUCCAAGACCUCUUACUUACAGCCUGGCCCCGCGCAGCCUUGCUAAGGUCCCCGAGUUGGUCGAAAAGCCGCAGAGAAACGUUCAAUCCAAGCAGGCAAUUCCGACAACACAGAGGGAAAAGCCUUUGACAUUCCUCCACAGCCGUCGCCAGAGCCGCCACCUUUUCAAGCUCCAUCUACGCCAUCGCCGUGAGAAACGGAAUAGCUCCGUCAAGCCGAAGACGUUCUGGUACCAGCGCCUCAGCAUCAGCACGAAGAUCUUCCGCGGCUCGGCUAGCAUCACCAUGUUCUUCCUCGUUAACUCUUUCGUUUCGACGUCUGCCCUCAUCACCCUUGCCACUGCCAGACUCAACGUCCCUCACGGCGUCGUUGUCUGGGUUAUCGUCAGUCUGAGCACGUGCGUCUUCACACUGAUAAUUCUCUAUCUCAUGCGAAAGUUCCGCAACGCCGUUCUCUAUGACGAAGAGCACCGAGGCCGCUCAUCCAAUCCCAAGAAUUCGUUCGAUACGCACAUGGGUCACAUGCAGUUGCCCGCCAGCCCUUCGGAGAUAUAUCAUCGUCGACAACUUGGCGCAGCUGUUGAGCAAGAGCUGGGUUACGCAGAGCAGAUGAAUAACGAGAUUGUCAAGAGCCCUCGUGGAUUGGAGACCAACCACGUCAUUCCGCCAUCUCCUUUUGGCCAGCCUUUUGAUUCUCUAGUCCCUUUUUCGCCCCGCGACGCCAUCGAUAACUACUGGAUCAGCAACUCUUUCAUCUCAUCAGCUCACUCCGAUGCCAGCUCCAUGACUGCCGUAAUCACUUCGUCACCGAAGGCUCCAACAACCAAGCCGGAGAUUGGCCUGCCAGGAACGAUGAAAAAUAAUCGGAACGAGCCACGAUCACACCGAGAUGCUGAAAAUGAGUUGAGCCCUUUGGAGUUUGAGAACUGGGACGGGUGGCUGGAUUGGGAUUGA